AUGGCUCCAAAUCCGCUCGCCGGUGCCAUCGUCGUGCCCAUCGAGCCCUAUUCUGAUGGCGACCCCACGCAUUGUCCGAAUCGAGCAGAGUUCAGGCUGCAGGAUCCGCCAUCCAUCUAUUUGGAAAAGCUCGCAGAAUCCUGGAUGAAGGAGCGGGGCGAGUUCCACAAAGGAGUCACAUACACCUUGGAUAGGUUACCGCACGGCUAUACUGUUUGGGGCAAGUCCAGGAAGAAUCAGCCACAGCAUGUGGACAAGUGGGCUUAUGGCCAUCCCCAGGGGAAGACCUUUGACUCUCCCAACAGAUUCUUCCCCCACUUUCUCCAUCUCAUGAACAACAAGGGGAACACCAUCGGAUGCCCGUGUGCGGUCUGCAGCACCGGGUCCAAAGCCAAAGCUUCAACACCCCCUGCCUCAAGCACGAAGCAGACCUCAGUUCAGGCCAUGCAGAAAGCUCUUCAAAAAUUCAAAGGCAAGCCUCGACAAGUCGAUACAUCCGAGCUACGUACCGAUGAUGAGGGAACCCCCGACGUCUAUCGCAACCUCAUUGACAAGCUGAAGCGUAAUGGCCAAAUCGAUGAGCCCCUCAAAGAACCCCUGAGCUUGGAUUGGAGAGCCGAACGCAACUGCCUCCCGAGAAUGCUCGACGGGCUGUCAAAGCAAGGCCAAUGGGUUCCUCGACCCGGAGAGCUCGUGUUGUUCGUGCGCAAUCUGACACCAGAUGCCACCGAGAUCCGCCUUGACGACGCUACUGGAACGCACAAGGUCUGGAGCGUCAGUCAACAACGAUUUGGCUCUCACCCACGGUGGGAGGCCGGUAUUGUCACGCAGACCGCGGCUGAGACGCCACACGUAGAAGACCUGAGCAAUGAGACUGACAAACAGUACCAACGUAACUACUCAGGGUUCAGGGUUGAACCGAUAUCUGACCCAAAUAGCACAGCCAAGCACUGGUCGAAGCAACACAGAUACCUUCCGUUGACUGCAAUUCGCCCGUUUUGUUUUUGGUCCGAAUUCCUUCAAGGGGUGCCUGAGAGAGAGUGGCACCCAACUAUCAACCAUACACUCACAGUCAUGUCCUCAUUCUCGCUAGUAGAGAAGCAGCAGUUCACGGUCCUUUGUGGGGAUAUUGUGCGCUUGAUGCCAAGAGAGCAAGGUGCUGACGUAACGGACAUCUUGAAAAUCACGUCUGUCAGGUUGCAUCUGAUGAACCUGGACACAUCCAGUGACGAUGACUAUGACCAGGGCCAUCCGUACAACUCUGCCGUCCACAUUACUGGAAAAGCGUUCACAUCGGAGCCAACACGUGCUGCAAGCCGGAUCCCCCUCACAGAAACAGAGAGGAGCGGCACGCCGAUCGAAGGUUACGAAGAAGAAUGGUACUGGCUGCAUGAUCCGGAGAAGAGCCUACGAGUUCCCUUCCAUCGCAUCCUCGGCCGCUGCUUUGAAGCCGAGGCCAUGCAGCUGUGGUUUCCUUCGAAGUCUUCCAGCUAUAUGGAUGAGCAAGGUCCGAUGCUGUCAAGGGGCGUUGAAGGCAUGUUUCAGGCGCGACACUACUCGUUGCAGAAGUACUCGAAGAUGGAGAAGGGCAAGACAUGGUUUUGGGGCGACAGCCGUGUCGAAGCAUUGGACCUUGCGACGGUGAAUGGCCAGGACGUCGGCAAGAAUGACAAGUCUCGCGACCCCAGAACAUGGCGCAAACUGAUCAAGGUCAUGGAGAGCAGCGCCGGGCUCGAGGAUAAGCUAUCUUUGAAGACGGCAGCGCUGGCGGAGCGUCCGUUGCGGACGAGCAGCAGCGGGAGGGCGAUGGCCGGCGCAUGGCGGGCCAUCAACGUGCCGGAAGAAGGCGAUGGAGGAAUGGAAGCGGCGCAAGAAAGCCGCAAGAGGCCUCACAGCAUGAUGGAGAGGAACGCAGGGGUGGCCAUGGACACGGAAAUGGACGAGGACGACGAGGCUGCAGCGGACCAGUUCGUGGACGAGCUCGCCGGAGACGUCGCACUGGCGCCCAGCGACGAGGAGGCGGCGGAGAGCGACGGCAGCGACGUCAUCAUGGCAGACGAGGCGCCGGGGCAAUCGAAGAAGCAGAAGCGUUUAAGGUUUGGCAUGGAAUAA